AUUCAAUUCGCGUAUCUUUCAACCAACGUCGAGAUUGACCACCAGACCUGAAAUCUGACUUUCGAUAUUGAUACUUCCCGCGCUUUCUGCGUUUUUUUCUCUCUGACCCUAGCUCCAGCUGUCAUGGACCUCGAAGUACAGAUUCGGCCGCAUAGCAGCCGUUCAAGACCUCCCGCUCAUCGCCCUCUCUCACUGGACCAAAGAUUAGCUCAAGGUGAUCGUUUCCGCAAAGCCAAGGAGAGACUCGAAGUAUCUCUACAAGAAAUACAACAGGCCCACUCGUCACCCUCGUCAGCGUUUCCGAGCCAUACAGGGCAAGAUGACUGCGAACGAUGUGCUAGAAGAAAGGGAGAUAUUGCUCGAGCAUACUAUGCCUACUAUCUCGAUUCCGAUCCAGAAAGCUGGGUAUCGUAUGCUACUCCGGAGUACCGACGUGAACUCGAGAGGAGAUUUAAUGAUCCAGGAAGCUCUUUAGACGAUCUUCAUGCUACUUUCCGGAUGGGACUUCGAGAGUAUCUCAAGCUGAAUCUUUCUUCCGGCACUGUCUUCUCCGAAGACGAGUUAUCAAGUCUGUUCAUCGACGAGCGAAGCACAACUGAAAUCCUCAACACAUGCCUCGAACAAGCUCAACAAAAAACUUCAAAUUCCGAUACAGCAACAUUCAUUGCCGAACUACAAGGCGCCAAAGGCCCCGAGGACAGAGCCCAGGUCUAUGCCAAAUACUACUGUAGCCAAUCGUGGGCCGAUUCCUCCUCUGUGAAGAACUUCAAAGCAAAGUAUGCACGCAUGUUCGAGCAACUUGUACCGCAUGACGAGGUUGUAGCCGCUAUGCGUAGGGAAGCUGAAGAAUCGCAGUCAAGCAGGCUGGCAGGAUUGAGUCGGCAGCUGAGCGAGCUGGAGAUGGCACAAAGUGCACACUUGAAGGCCAAGGCGAGAAAGGAUCAGAAGAUGCGAGACAGAGAACCAAGUCCUGGAGUUGUGCAAUGCAGUCUGGUGGGCUGUGCUAAUGAGGUUGAUCUCGCGACGGAUGAGACGAUCGAAUGCGCUGUAUGCGAGUGGCUGGAACGAAAAGGAAGCGAGAAAGGACGAGCAUUCUAUUGUUGCAUGGGGCAUGCGGAAGAGGACUUCGAGGAACAUGAUCGAAACGAUCAUCAGUGCUGUAUGGGAGGUGGUUGUUUCUAUUUCCCCCAAGCAGGUCCACCGGGAGAAACAGGUAAUGGAGGCAUCUGUCAGGAUUGUGCAGACGAAGAAUUCACCUCGUAUUUCUGCUCUCAAGACUGCUAUCAUCAUAAUCUGGAACUCCACAGAGAGGACUUUCACAUGGGCAAGGGCAUUCACAAUGACUCGGACAAUCUAGAAAUGUUUAGGCCUGCUGAUGAUAUGGAGAUCAUGUCAUAGCUUCUGAAUUCAUAUAGUUUAGGAGCUGAGGUAGAAUGUGUCUCAUGAUGUAUUUGAUAAAUACCUACAAGCUACUUCUGUAAAUUACCAUGAAAUGGACGGAC